UCUGCCCGGCCGGAAGUGACGUGUUGGGAGUGAGCGGCGGAGCCGAGUUGUUGAGAGUUUUGUUGCGAGUCUGAGUCCGAGAAGUGUUACUGUGGUCGUUUUUCCUGAAGGAGGUUCACCUCUGACCUAUCUUUAGAGUACUUAUUAAAAUAACUCUUUAAUACUGCUUCUUUAGCCUAAAGUAUUCGAAAAUCACCAGGGAUUGCAGGACGUCCCAAGAACACUGCUGAGAGGUGAGGAUCUUUAACGCGAACUACAUCUGCUUGGAGGAGUGACGACGUUGAUUACCGAGUCCCGUUUAUCAAGUCGAACUCAGUAGCUACCCACCUAAAACUUUUUUUUGCAAAAAGAAAGCGGGGAUGGCUAAAAAGCAAAAUCAAAAGGAUUCCACUGGAGUCAUGUUUGACACUCGAUUCAAAGCAGUGAUGGCCCAGGGAGGAUCUAAUGACAACAUAAAGGAAAAGAUUAGUGCUGUCCGUGCAAUAGUUCCUAACAGAAGUAAUAAUGAGAUAAUUCUAGUGUUGCAACACUAUGACAACUGUGUCGACAAAGCAGUACAGGCUUUUAUGGAAGGUUAUGCAACUGAGGUUCUCAAGGAAUGGAGUGUCACAGGAAAGAAGAAGAACAAAAAGAAGAAGAUUAAACAAAAGCCAGAAGUAAAAGCAGAACCAGAGCAACUGCAGUCUAGCAAAUGUGCUGCCAAUUCUGGUGAACUGUCGACAACUUCUUGGGAGAAGGACGAAGUAAACAGUUAUCACAUCAAUGGAUCUGUAAAUGAUGAAUCAGUGGAUUCUCUUAGUGAACAGUUAGAUGCCCUUUCCGUGGAUGCCCAAGAGCUGGAAGAUUCUGAAUUGAUGACUCCUGAUAUCGAUAGUAUAAUGGAAUCUGUAACAGAAGAUGAAAAGUGUAAAGCAGAGUCAAAAUUCCAACCCCGCCACUUCCAUAGCUCUCAUUCUACUAAAACAUAUCAACAAAAGAAUACUGCAAAGUCUAGGUCACGAGCUCCUCCAGGAUCACAAACCUCUACCUCCCUUUCCCUAGUCAUGCCAGAUGAUGGUGGAUUUAUUUCAUCUAAGAAUAAAAAAAUAGGUGCUAAUAUAGAGAAGUCUGCAAAAGACUUGCAGCGAUGUACUGUGUCCUUAGCUAGGUACCGGGCAGUUAUUAAAGAGGAAAUGGACAUUUCUAUUAGGAAGAUGAAGCUGGCAUUUGCUGAACUACAAAACUGUUUUAUGGACAGAGAAGUGGCACUGUUGGGAGAAAUGGAUAAAGUCAAAGCAGCAGCAUUGGAUAUCUUGGACAGUCGUCAGAAGAGAGCUGAAGCAUUAAAAAAAAUGACAGACAAUGCAGUCCGCAUGUCUGAGGAGCAGCUCAUGGAGCUCAGAGCGGAUAUUAAGCACUUUGUUAGUGAACGAAAAUAUGAUGAAGACCUGGGGCGAUGUGCACAGUUCACCUGUGAUGUGGAAGAACUCAAAGCGAGUAUCCAAGCCUUUGGACAAGUGUCUCAUCCCAAGAACAAUUACUCUGCCAGAUCAAGGUGUAGUUCUGUCUCAUCUGUAUCUGUGAUGAGUCGGAGUGAUGUUUCAGCUCCUGACUAUACAUCAGACCUCAGCCGCACUAAGUCAAUGAAGAACAAUCCGUGUUCUGGAGACAUUUCCACUGCUUCAGCCAAUUCUGCAAACCAAACUUGCUCAUCAAAUCGACCGGUUCCCCAUGGAAAUAGAAGAGCAGGUUAUCGCCCUGGAGAGAAUAGGAUAAAUGGCCCAAGCCACUUUGGAAGAAAUGAAUAUAGGAAUCGGUACCGGAAUGGACCCAAAAAUUACUCUGACGUUCGAUACAACCCACAGUCUUCACCCCGUGGUUUUACCACUGAUAAGAGCCAAAUCUCCAACACUCGAUACAAGCCACAACCUGCACCCUGUGAUUCUACCACUGAUAAGAGUCAAAUGUGUUCUACAGCUUCUAAGGACACAGCUGCACCUUCUGAUCCCAGGCAGUCAUCUUUACCUCCUGUUCCUGCCAGUGCCCUGUCUCAACGUAGGCCAAGAUCAAGUGAAAAUGAAACCUCUGUGAACUGCUGAAAGCUUCUGACGUCCAGCAACAUGCCAGCGUCACAGCUAGAUAUGAUAAAACACAAUGAGUUUACAUUUACCUUAUCUGUGCCACCAGUGAUUUGCCUUGCAGUUUUUUCCUCCUCCUCCUUGUUUUCAAUUCAGCUUUUUUCAUAUUUUCACAAGUUUUUGAAUUGAUAGUGUCUAUCUGUUGUUAAUCUCUUCUGGAAGAGGGACCAGCACAUGGCUGUACUUUAGAAUGUUAUUUAACCAUUGUUGCCUGGUUUGUCAUGAUUAAAUCAGUUAAUUUUACUUUGAACCACCGAUCUUUUCAAGAAAUCACUAUGCAUCUCAAACUGUUGGAAAGAAAGUGCCUUGUACCUAUAGUGUUCAUUACAACCACUUAAAUAUUCCAGACACACUUAAAACUCAAAAGGACCAAAGACCUUCAAACUUUGCUGUGAUCGUUGUGCUAGAGAUCACCAUCUAAUUGUAAAAGGGCACAACUGUGACCCUUUGUUUUGUUCUAAUAGGUUAUGUAUUUGGAUGAAACUGUUUUUAGCAGUGAACUGCCUGUAAACUUGCAUUUUGUGGAGAUGAUAUGCUGACAGGAUGCCAGAUAACAUUUCCUCUUCAUUCAGCCUGUAUUCACAAAAUGAUAGACAGGUGUGAAAUGGCUUUCUUUUACACUGACACUGUAAUUAUAGUUCAAAUUCAGAGACAGGGCCUAGCUGAUAGGAAACAGAGAUUUGCUGGAGGAGUUUGUCUCUGCCUCCUUUUGACGUCAACCGGCAAAUUUAAUGUCAGUGGGAACCUGAAAUCACUUUGCACUGAUGUUAGAAUUUGUAGUGUGAAUACAGAAGAAUUGAUCCAAAGUUUUAGUGGUAUCUUUGCUGCUGAACUAACUUGUACUAGCUUCAGUCUGUUACUCCAAAAGUUCUUUCUAGAUUUGUCUCAGAAUAUAAAUUCAGCUAGCUCUGAAGAGUGAAUCCACUUUCAGUGCUGCAUGUCUGAGAUGAUCCUAUAUUCCCUUCUAAAAUAGGUUUUAGAUGUCGAGGUGGAAGGAACAUAGAGAGGUGCCACUAAAUAUAGAUGCUGCACCCCUUAGAAAAUCAUUUGCAAGUCUCAGUACGCCCUUGAUCUCAAACCACAAGACUUCAUACAGGUUCCAACCAAUAUUACUACUAGUAAACUAACAAAAGCAUAAAGUGGAAAAUAUCUACAGAAGACUUUGCAACUCUCCCUUUGGUGCACUGGUCCAAUUUUGAUCUGUAGAUCUUAUUUGCUGUCUUAAUUUGAUUACUUUAACUGCAUUGUAAUAGUGAAUGAUUAGAACCAUGCCCAUUGAAGGCCUGUAAUGACUCUAAUUGAGUGAGAAGUGAAGCACGCAGAACAGCAAAGUGUGUUUUUAAACAAAAAUAACACUUAUGUUAAAAUACAUUGUCUUUCAAAAUGAAGUCAGAAGUGUUCUUUUGUUCCCUCAUGCUGGUAAACAAAAUUAGUAAGUUUUGAAACAUUCAUUCGUACCAUAUGCUGUUUUACUUCCACCCCUGCUAUUUUGUGCUAGCAUUCAGAUUAUUACAAAAAUUGCAAAAUAAAGGCUAUGCAGUGUUUUGGAUCCACAUAAAAUGGCCCACUCAAAUCAUUGGUGCUAAGCCCAUAUCCCUUUUAUUCUCUGCUGAAUCAAGAAUCAAAUGAAAUAAAUUAAGUUCCAACUGUUCACAUUCUGCACAAUAGAUUGAAAUCCACUAAAAGUGUGAAGUAGUUACAGUAAAUGGUUAUUGUUAUUAACCCCUACACACUUGAUGUUGAGAUAAGGGAUCAUGUCACAGAUUCACUGAGCAUAUUUCUGGUAGUUCAGCAGUGAAGUGCUGGAUACCCAAAUCAAUUAUUGAAAGUUAGGUUACCAUGCAGACAGCAAGCAAUUUUUCAAUAUAGUUGAUUAUUAUUUACAUGACUGAGUCUGAAUCUUCCAAUCUUUGGUAUGUUGAUACAUUAUGGCUGCAUCUCAGGCAGUAGAAUUGCUGUUCCCUCUUAGUGCAAAGUCUUUUCCUGACGUAUGUCAUGUGUUUAAAACUUAGUUGAUGAAUAAAGCAGUAUUCUAAACUAA